UCAGGUCUAACAAUCAUCCGUACAAACGACUAUUUCUUCCUUACGGAGGCAGAAGAGUUUAUCUACAAUUGUUAUCCCAAUGACUCGAAAUGGCAGCUUCUUACUAGGCCAUUCUCCAAACAGGACUUCAUAGACAUUGCACAUUGUAGAAGAAACUUUUUUCAGAAUCACUACAAAUUAACAACACCGAAUAAAUGUCUCCAUACAUCUAUUCGUGGAGUAUGCGAAAUUGGAAUAAAAAGGCUAGACAAGGAGGAAAGUUUGUACGCAUACAACUUGUAUUUCAAUGAUGAGGAAUCAAAUUCAGUCAUGUCUUCUGAAAUCCAGCUAGAGAGAUACGUAGCAAUAUUUAAUGAAGGGUCCUCAACUAGAUUCCGAGUUCGAUUUCCGAAUGAAGGGAUAUAUAAGUUAGAGGUCUUUGGUGAUGACUCUCCCCUUUGUGAUUUCAAACUUGAGUGUAACGAGGAUGUUAACUAUAUAAAACCAUUUCCUUAUAAUCCAGAUUAUGGAUUUGGUCCCAACUCCAUAACGGAAGAGGCGGGGCUCCGAGCGGAGUCUCACAAGACGGGUUUCAUCGAUAUCAAACAAACAAUGAAUUUCAACGUUAUAUUUAAUAUAACAAAGAAAGUGGUAGUCCAAACAAUCUUGAUACACGAUAAUAUGGAACAAGAGACUAGACAUGUCACUCAUAAGAUAAAAAGCCAUAAGCUGGAUAUUAAUGUUCAUUUGCCUCAAAAAAGAGAAUAUGCGCUUCAGAUCAACGCUAAAGACAGAGAUUCCGAUGGUUCAUUUAAGAAUGCCUGCAACUACCUUUUGACAUCGGAAAAUAUCAACAAAAAGCGAAAACCCUACGAGAAUCCGAUAGAAAAACGAAUUAGGAAGGCAUUACAGGAUUUCACCUGUUCCAAUAAUUUAGAGGCUCUCCAAAAGGCUCUUGAUGACUUCGAUAAAAUGGAUUUAGAAGACAAAGGAGAUCGGCAAAAUGCAGAAGAUAGAUUGGCGUACCUGACUCUGCGAAAAGAACUGAAAGAUGCAAUUGCAAGAAGGAAUGGUGAGAAACUAGAAGAAGCAAUAGAAAAUGCGAAAUCAUCUGAGUAUGCGUCCGAUCUUGAGAAUCUUAUCGAGGAAGCAGAUGAUUUGUUAUCACAGUUGCAAAAGCUAAAGAUAUUUUCUCACGAAAUUCUCCAAAUGAAGCAGACGACAAUCUCUGAAAUUCAGACCUAUAAACACCCCAAAUCGUUAGCUUAUGACGUCAUGAAAGCAACAUAUAUCCUCCUAGGGGAAGAUGAAUGGCGACUUGAGGAAUGGGAGCAGAUACAAGCAUUGAUGCGAAGGACAGGAAAAGAAGGACUGUUAAGGCGCGUGCGUCAGUUCAACUCCACACACGUGACUAAAAACAUGAUUCAUCAAUCUUCUCAAAUACUUCGACUUUACGACGAAGAGACCAUUCGAGAUUUCAGUGCGGGCCUUGCUACAUUUUACAAAUGGGCGUCGAAUGUAAUUGAAGAAAUGACGAAAUCAGAAGAUCCAUCGGGAGACUGA